UCAUUAUUCGUCAGUGACUUCAAGCUGGUGGUCGAUAUUAAAUUUUCAUCUUGUGAAUCAAAAAAAAAAAUUAUCUACAAUGAACCGUGAUUAUCCUAGCACUUCUCAAAAGCAAAGAGAUUUCAUGGAGCCAAUGGGAGACAAACUCGUAACAAGGCUACCCGGAAUUGGAGAGACACUUGGCGACCGGAUGACCAAUGCUGGUUAUCAAAAGGCGUCUCAAGUGCUUGGCCAAUAUUUGGCCGUUGAUCAAAAUCGACAAGAGUUCGGCCACUUUAUGAAGGAUACCUGUAAUGCGAACACAAAACAAUCAUCCGAUUGCUAUAACGGACUCAAGGAGUGGACUAGGGAAUUCCUAUAACUUGUUAAAUUAGAUCUGAUUGGGUUUUUUCGAGGUUUUCCCAAUCCGUGCAACAAAUGUUGGAUCCAUUAAAUUGCCUUCGAUUUCAUUUUUUUUGCAUUGAUUAUUCUAAAUUGUAUUUUUGAUUUACAAAUUAAAUAUUUUUUUUAUUUUCUGUUCUUUUAAUUUUGCUCUUUUGUCUAUAGAUAUAUUUAAACUCGAUAUUAAAAAAGAAAACUCUCAAAACAGCUUCAUUUAUUUUUCCCAAUAAAAUGUUCUCUAAAUAAAAUGUAUAAAGUCAUAUUUUUUAAUUCACAAUUUUCUAAAUAGUCUGUCUUAUGGACUACUGCCGGGUAUCUUUCUUGCAUCGAUACACCCAAUUGCUUCAUUGCUACUUAUGUAUGUAGCGACCCAUCUGGUACAGCGAUAUUUCAUCAUUUAAAUUAAUUAAAGCGAAAAGAGCCAUAACGCUAUCUAAGGAACAACAAUUCAUUUAUAUGAGUAGAAAAAACCAUUAUAAUAUUUUCAAUUAGUUAUUUUCUUUUUGUUAAAUAAAAAUCAAAUUGCCUUGUACGUAAGGUCAAAAAUAUGCAUUCUUUA